CUCGGGUCCCCGGGCGCUGGUUGGGGGCGCUCCCCUCCUGCCCCACCCCCGCCGAUGGGCCGGCCCGGCUCUCCCUGCCGAGAAAUGGGCCGGCCCGGCUACGCGCGGGCAGCUGCGGCGGCGGCGGCGGCGGUGGCGGCCCAAGAUGGCGGAGCUGCAGCUGGACCCGGCCGUGGCGGGGCUGGGAGGGGGCGGCGGGAGUGCGGUGGGCGACGGGGGCGGCCCUGGCCGCGGGCCCCCAAGCCCGCGCCCGGCUGGACCCAUGCCCCGCGGGCACGGUCGCCCGUCUGCCGCCGUCGCGCAGCCGCUGGAGCCGGGUCCCGGACCGCCCGACCGGGCAGGGGGCGGUGGCGCGGCCCGCUGGGUUCGGCUGAACGUGGGCGGCACCUACUUCGUGACCACCAGACAGACCCUAGGCCGGGAACCCAAGUCUUUCCUCUGCCGCCUCUGCUGCCAGGAGGACCCGGAGCUGGACUCAGACAAGGAUGAGACAGGGGCGUAUCUGAUUGACAGGGACCCCACCUACUUUGGUCCUAUCCUAAACUACCUCCGCCAUGGGAAACUCAUCAUUACUAAGGAGCUGGCAGAAGAAGGCGUACUGGAAGAAGCAGAGUUUUACAACAUCGCGUCUCUUGUGCGACUGGUUAAGGAAAGGAUACGAGACAAUGAGAACAGAACUUCACAAGGCCCUGUGAAGCACGUGUACAGAGUUCUGCAGUGUCAGGAAGAGGAGCUCACACAGAUGGUCUCCACUAUGUCUGACGGUUGGAAAUUUGAACAGCUGAUCAGCAUCGGGUCUUCCUAUAACUAUGGAAAUGAGGACCAGGCAGAAUUCCUCUGUGUUGUCUCCAGAGAACUAAAUAAUUCUACCAAUGGCAUUGUCAUAGAGCCGAGUGAAAAAGCAAAGGCAAAUUUUGGUCCAACAGCACAUAAACUUUGGAUCCAACUACGUUUAGCAAGAGCAUAUUUUACAGCUUACAGGCUUCAGAUUCUUCAGGAGAGAGGAUCACGGAUGUAAACUAAGAAUCUGAAACACCAGAAUCCUAAAUGUCAAGAGAGCAAUCCAGCAGAGUGCGUCUGUGAAGUUCCAUCUCACUCCUGUACAGUAACCGAGCUGCUACAAAGCAGAGCGGAGCCUGGCCCCCGAGUGGAGUAGUGUUCCGGUUAAAACCAAAGGAAUCCCACCCCCACCCACAGGACUCCAAAGACAGAUACACUUCUGGCUGCAGAAUCCUUUUUCAGAAACUCGCUUUUGUUCCCUUAGCCAGUAUUGUAACAGGUAUUUGCAACAACAGCUGGACUAGGUUCCCAGUUGGAGCCUUUUGGGGAUCUGGGAGAAGUGGGAAAGUGGCCUAGCUCCUUGGAAUGGCCUGUACUUCAAGGAAGCUGGAGCCGAGGAAGGGUGUCCCUGAGCUGUGCCAUGGUUCCACCCUAGUGUGCCACAUGGGGCAUUAGCAGUCUCUUCUCGGAACACUGUCUUUUCUUCCUUCUUUUCAGCCUCACAAUCCUGCAGCAGAUGCAGAGGGUUCUAGCUGCAUCUUAUUGAAUUGAGGUUUUGGGUAAAGCGUAGAGUUGCCAGAGUACCCCAUGUUCCUAUGAGCAGAGCCUCUGUGAGGGGAGGGAAGAUGAGGUGUCCUUUGCUGUGGUUGGAGGUUGGUGACCACUGCUGUAGAUUCAGAGCACCCAGCUGCCACCACGUGGAGCUUUGCCUCAGUUGUCUCCAGCAGCCAGGACCCUCAGGCAAGUUGCUUUGUCCCCAAGGGGAGGUUUGAGACAGGCAGCAUCCUGGACUGAAUCAGACAGACAGGAGCGUGAGGUCGUUGCUGUAAGCAUCUGCGGUCUUCUCUUACUCUGCAUUCACCCUGUCUUCCUUCCCUGGCUUUUUAAACUGGACCAAAGAUGAAGGGACUCUGUGGACCUUCUGAUGGCUUGGGGUGGAGAAGGCUGUUCCUUUGAAAGUUGCCAAAUGUGUUAUGUUGUUAUAUCUGAGAGAGCUGUAAUUUCUGUGACUGUCUUUGGAAAUGCCUUGACUGAAUGUGCAAUAUUUGUGUCUCUUCUUCGUUUCUGGCCUUGGCACACCUGCCCCAUGGCAGUGUCAGUGACUCUGCGGCAUCCCCAGUGGUGCACAUGCAUUUGCUGGGCAGUCUGAGACCCCUCGGUCUCUCACUCGCUUUCUCACACAUUAUUUCUUUCUGUAGAGUGCCAUGUUUUUGAGGGAUCGGUACUUGUUUGACAAGGAUGUAGCCAAGCCCUCCUCUGGCCUUUGACCGCAGAGCUUGUGUCUGCACUUUCUCUCUGAGGUUUUGAGUCAUGGUGAGUAGUCAUGGAAUGAAGAGAGUCAGAGAACCCUUCUCCUAGAUAACCUUUACUGAUGUGGCAAGUGGUAUGGAGAAGGAGAAGGUACCUCUGGGGAUUGCCCCGUCUCUAAAAGCCUCCUCAGGCCAGGCACGCUGAGACACAGCUGAGGUUCUCCGUGCUCCACAGCUUGACUACUUACUAGGAGGAUCUAGGGUAGUAAUUUCUAGAAAUGACCAUAGGCUAUGCUAAGUGUCUUUCAAGCUUGUGACCUGACCCUGCCCAGAUGGCUUAACUUCUCUCUAGUAUUCUCACUCUUUUUCUUAUUUUUCUGUAUCUGUAGAGUAACUCAGAAGUGUGUGUACAGGGCUUUCUGCUGAUACAUUUUGUCUACACACCACUGUAAGUAUACACGUUAGCGCCUCAAAAGUCUGGCCUGUGCCCAGUAUUUUUACAGCUGUAAAAUGUUAGAUGAACUUCCACCUGCAGUAAAAGCAGCCACUCCUACAAAAGGCUUAAUGGACAUCCAUUGUGUCAGAUCUUUCAGGGGAAAAAAUGAUUUGGGUAGAGUCAAUGAGAAGUAGAGACAGCAGGGAGGGCUGCCCUGAGCAGAGCAGGAGAGAGGUCUUUGGAGGAGGCGCCCUUUGGCCAAGCCAAAUAAGCAAUGUCAGACGGACUAGGAGAAAAAGCAGCUUAGCUUGGGGCCUUGUGCCUCCUGUCCCCCUGCUUCCCUGGGGCUUGCCUGAUGAUCAACCAGGCUGGGCUGAGGCCUCUGGUCUGAACCCCAGCUCCAUCACCAAGUUCAGCCAGGAGACCUGGAGGGCAGACAUGGGACAAAUGCCUCAUUACUGCGCUGUUACCGUCAUUGCUCUUCUCAGAGUCCCACAGCUGGCCCUGCGAAAGGACUGCUAUGACCCCAAGCCACACACUCCGGGGAGGAGGGCUGGGGUUGACCAAGUCCCCUGACUGCACCCCGAUGACAGCUGAAUUAUUCCAGUGCUCUAGGAGUCUAAGGAUGAUUCAUUUAAGAUGAAAUGGCUGGGAGACAAUUUUACCUAAACCCUUUAUGAACCAAGCUGGUGUUCCUGCUGAAAGCUUUAUCUCUCUGAGAGCCUGGCUGGCCAGAGAGCUGUGCACAGUGGCUUGGGGCUGUCAUGUGACCAGUGACCCGCUCUCUGCUGCUCAGUACUGCCAAGUAGGGAGUGUCCUGCCUUUUCUCUGCCGCAGGCCCAGGAGCACCUGCAUCCCCAGAGUGCUGACAGCGUAGCACCAGUUUGGUCUUUCUCCUCGGCAGUGACGUGGGGCCCAUCUCUAAAGUGACAGUUAUAACUGCUCUUGGGGGUAUCAUUUGCAGGUGCCCCUUGUUACUGUUCAUGUGUUUAUUGAAUAAAGUCUGAAGUGCUGUGACCUUUUUUGUCAAUAAAGAUAUGAAAGAAACCUCUGUA